AAUGCAUCUUGACAAGAGAACAAAUUCGCUAUGCCCGGAGCAGAUCCGGAUCAAAGAAAUCGUGAUUGCCCGUACGGAGAUGUAUUUUAACGGGAUGAUUAAGAACUGUAUGGUCAAACGUUGAUGAGGAGACAGAUCUGUGCGACGUUAUGAGAAGCUGACACGGAAAGUAACUUUUGUCCACGAUGAAGAUACCGAUAUUUAUAGUUUUAUUAUGUCUCAUUGUACGGAAUACACACCAACAAGGUCUAAACUGUUAUGUUCCGGCUGACAUUUUAAUUUUAUUAGAUGGGUCGGACAGUAUACAAGACAGAGAUUGGACAAAUGCCAAGACAUUUGUGAAACAGCUCAUCAAACAAUUCGAUGUAGCUCCCGACGCUAUUCAUAUGGGAAUUGUAGUGUACAGUUCCAAUAUAGGAGACUAUGUUAGUUUCGCGCCUUUUAAACCCAAAACAAUGUUAGAGAUUAUCUCAACGUCUCUUCGGCAACCUAAGCAUUCUACGAACACUGCAAAGGGUAUCCAAUAUGCCAGAGAACAAUUUAAAAAAGAUGGAAGACAAGGUGUGCCUAAAAUUCUAAUUGUGAUCACCGACGGAAGCUCCGAUUCUCCGCGUGAUACUCAUUCUCAAGCAGAAUUGGCUAAAAUUGAAGGGAUUCGUAUCCUAGCUUUGGGUGUCGGAAAACAAGUUUUUAAAGACGAAUUGAGACAGAUUGCAUCCAGUCCACGGAAAGUUUACACUGCAACCUCAUAUAUAACUCUACAAGGAUUAAUAUCCGAGAUCAGAAACAUGGUUUGUCAAGCAAUUACAACAACUACAAGUCCACCAUUGCAAACACAAAUGGUAACUCUUCCAUCGAUACACGUUGCCAAUCCCACCGAUAAGGUUUGUAACGUGCCUGGAGAUAUCGUAUUUUUGAUUGAUGGAUCAAACAGUAUGAGCAAUGCAGACUUCCGGAAACAAAAAAAUUUCGUAGCAAACAUGAUAGAUAAUUUCGAAAUUGGAAAAGAGUUUAUACAUGUUGGUAUUGUUGUAUUUAGUACUGUGAUUGGUGAUAUAGUUCAUCUACAACCAUCAAGAUCAAAAGAUUUAUUGAAAAUUUUAGCAAACAAUUUACGACAUCCAAAAGUUGGAACGAAUACCGCUUUGGGUAUUGAACGCGUGCGCAAAAUGAUGCGUGAAGAAGGACGUUCUUUCGCCCCUAAAAUCAUGGUCGUGGUUACCGAUGGUCGAUCCGCUUCACCCGCUCUCACAUCUUUGCAAGCAUCUUUGGCCAAGGCAGAAGGACUUACUGUUAUUGCCAUUGGAGUAGGGAGUGCAAUGUUCAAGGACGAGUUGGAAAAUAUUGCCAGUGACGCAGGGACAAUGUUCCAGGUUACCAGAUUUCAAGAUUUGGAAUUGAUUAUAACUGCAAUGAGAAAUUUGAUUUGUCAAUCUAUUACAACGACGACAUCUACGACAACAACGACAACAACACCAGCUACGAUCAACGUACCGUAUCCAUCAGGUCUAAUUUGUGACGUCGCUGCUGAUGUUGGUUUCGUGAUUGACGGUUCAAAAAGUAUUUCCUCUGGAGAUUGGCCAAAGGGACUUAAUUUCGUAGCUAAUUUAAUAAAUAACUUAUAUAUCACCCCGGAGGGUAUACAUGCUGGCAUAGUAGUAUACAGUACUUUUAUAAACGAAAAGGUUCCUCUGAACCCCUUUAAAUCAAAGCCGUUAUUGAUGGCUAUGACUAAAAGUUUGAAGCAACCUAAACAGGGAACCAACACCGCAUUGGGUGUUGAUACUAUGAGACAGAUGUUCCGGAACCAAGGUCGAUAUGACGCACCGAAAGUUAUGAUUAUCGUAACUGAUGGCAAAUCAACAAAUCCUGGUCAAACUAAAAUUCAAGCAGCGAGAGCAAAGGCCGAGGGUGCUAUUAUAAUCACAGUCGGUAUUGGGGGUUCCAGUAUGUUUAAAGAUGAAAUCCGUGACAUCGCUACCAAGAACAAAUACUUUGAAGUGGCAGAUUACAGGUCGCUCACAACUAUUAUUCAGCAACUUAGAGAUCUGAUUUGUAUGGUCAUUACAACAACACCUCCAGUUAUAAGCACAACACCACAACCAGAUCCACUGCUGCCACCAAUUCCUGGUUGUGAUAUUCCUGCAGAAAUCAUGCUUCUAACUCACGGCUCAGAAAACAUAAAUGAAUACAACUGGAACAAAAAUAAAGACUUCAUAGUAAGCUUGAUAAGGAACUUAAAUGUUGGUAAAACACAGCAUCAUGUUGGAUACGUUGUAUAUAGUAACACAUACGGCGAUACGAUUGGACUAGAACCUUACAAGUCAAGCUUUGACCUGACAAAUAUGGCCAACUCGUUGAUACAUCCAGGAAAGGGAGUUAACACAGCUAUAGGUAUGAAGAAAUUAAGAGAAAUUUUCAAGACACAAGCACGUACGAAAGCACCAAGAAUUGGAAUUGUUAUUUCUGAUCAAACAUCUACUGAUACUGCGGCUACAAAACGUGAGGCAGAGCAAGCCAAAAAAGAAGGAAUCACUCUUUUAACUGUUGGUAUUGGUAACAAUAUAAAUCCACGUGAACUACAAGGGCUAUCAUCUUCUGAGAGAUUUAUCCACAGAACUGACAACUUUAACAGCUUAGAGAUGAUCAUGCCUCGCAUUAGACAGCAGAUUUGUGAAAUAAUCAUGAAACCUCCAGGUGAUUCGUUUACAGAAUUGUGUUCUGGUUGCUUGAUAGACAAGGGAACAGGAUUUAACCCUUACCCAGGAGACUGUACAAAAUAUGUACAGUGCUGGCGAGACAAUAACCGGGUGAUGGGAGCUAUUAAAUCCUGUCCAUUUGGUCAGUUCUGGGACAGAGUUGCAAUGGCUUGUCAACCAUCACUUAGUGUACAGUGCCCAGCAGACGUAUGUCGUCAUUCACCUGACGGGUUUACCUAUGGUAUGAAGAACAAAGGUUGUAGAUCUUAUUGGUUGUGUGUAAACGGACAUAGUGUUGGAUCAUGUUGUCCCGAAGGGAGUUAUUAUGUAGAAGGAAUGGGAUGCAUGAGAGGGCAGGCUUGUAAAGAACCUUGUCCACCAGAUGGCGGUAUUAUUCUUACUCCUGACUGUAGCAAGGAAGAACACUGGGAUCAACGUUACUUUAUAGAGAAGGUUCCGUUCUAUGGGAAGGUAGUAAGGCCAUGUCCACCUGGAACAGUCUAUUCCACAAGUUAUUGUGAUUGUGUUGUAAAGGGCACCAACGGCAUUAUUCCGAUACUUCCUGGAGAUAAAUGUAGAGCAAAGGCUCAUUUCAAUUUUGACGUUGAUAUGAAAGAUAAAUCUGGUGGAUCGGUCCCGAUCUCAUACCGUAAUGUUCAGCGAACAAGAUACGGAACAGCACAUUUCACCGGAAACGGUGAAAUGAAUUUGUGGAAAAAUAGAAACAUUAAUGUAAACAAUAAGUUAGUUCUUCGGUUCAAAUUUAAAUUAGACAGAUGGACGGACCGUUUUGACUACGGUGGUGUAAUUGUCGAUAUGGGAAAAGGUGGCGACGUUCACUGGAAGUAUGACAUUGAAUCCGGAUGGACAAGAAACAUCACUGUUGGUGGCGGCUGGGAUAUCCGAAAUUUGGUUAAGCUUUUCCGUACACUUGUCAGUUCCAGAACAGAACCGGAAAUGAAACAAAAUAUGUGGAAAGUAGCUAAUUCGAUGGAUUUCAAGACAUUACUGUAUCAGUUAGGAUUUGUACCAAACACUUCCAGCGGAAUGCAGUUAUUAAGAUUAUUGAUGAAUGGUAAUGGAGCAGAUAUCUUACAGAAGAUUGUUAUUGCACUAGAAAAACAAAAAUCACCUUAUGAUAUGAGAAUGACCUUGAAAACGAUGUUAUCUAGACCGGAAAUGAGAACAUGGAUUCUACAAAAUACUCCUAAACAAUAUAUUGAUAUCACAAUGAAGAAUUGGAAUCGCUUCUUAGAAUCACUUAGUCUACCAGAAAACCAAUGGAAAACUGGUAAAAUCACGUGGUAUAAACCUGCUGAUAAGAUUGGAACAGGAAGUAUGUCAUCUAUUUCCAUCAUUGCUGAUUUAUGGAGGACUUUUGCUCGGGCGAUGGGUAUGGAUACGCGCGAUUGGCAAAAAUUACUUCGAAUCACCUUAGGGACAGACGUUAUCGGAGAAGGAGGCCGUGUUGAUGUAGAAUUUAUAAAUGAAAUGAAAAAUGUUCUUGGAAGAAACAAUACUAUUUUACAAGCAUGGCAUGACUUCCUUCGAGGAAAAAAUGUGCGUCUCGACUUCGAAGGUAAGAACCCAACGACAUCGUGGUGGGAGAAAACAUUUGGAAUUGGAAGAGGUAUGGCGCCAAUUCCUGGUAUUGAUAGGGGAAUGUCGGUAGGAAUUGUUGCUGAUCUCUGGAGAAAAUUCAUUCAAGAAGCUCAACUUCCGGAAUCAAUGAAACAAAAAUUAACAUGGACAUUCGGUGGACCGGAUGCUACAGAAGACGAUCUCUUCAAAGAAAUAAAUAUUGUACUUGGAGAUGAUAAUCUCAAGAAUAAGUGGAUACACUUUAUUCAAGGUCAUUAUGCGCAUGGAGGUCCUGGUAAAACGGAAGCCCAAUUAUGGAAACCGGGUCCAAGAGGAGAAUUAUUCUGGAAAAUCAUAUUUGGUCAGGGAAAAGAUGGUUCUGGAACUGGUACUGGUACUACUGGUGGUUCACAAACAGGAACAGGUCAGACUUCUGUUGAUAUUAAAAAACUCGCAGACUUGUGGAGGACAUUUGUAACCCAGAGUAAACUGGAAGGACCACAAUGGAAAGAUCUUUUAAUCUUCACAAACACCGAUAAACCAGGGUCUAAAAAUAUAAAUGUUAAACUUUUGUUGAAAGAGAUGAAGAACGUUCUGAUGGCUGAUGAUAAUGUAGAUACUGCUUGGCUGAAAUAUCUACAAGACAACGGCAUAGAUAAAUCAUGGUUCUUAAGGAUACUGUUCUCUGAUCAAGGAGGACCUUUCAAUGAAAACUGGGUGUACUGGUACCUGUAUCGUAACAAAGAAUAUGCAAACACCGGUAUGGGUAACUCAACAGGUGGUAUAGGUAUUGGAGGUAAUGGCGGUGGGGGACAGACAAAUAAGAAUCAAAUCAUUGGCUUAUGGAGAGAUUUUGUUACACAGUCUAAACUAGGACCAGAAUGGAAUGGUAUGUUAACAUGGACACUCGGAAGUGGUAAUAAUGGCGGCCCGGGCGAGUAUAUGGAAUGGAUAUAUGAAAUCAUAUCCGUAUUAGGAAACAAGGAAAUGAGAGGCAGAUGGCUUAACUUCCUCAACGCAAAGAAUGUUGGUAACGAAUGGAUCAACUGGUUCAUGGUUAUAUCUGGGGAUUCGAGAGGUUCAUUUGAAGUAGACCAAUCCGGUCUAAACUUGGUAAUGAGCUUGUGGAAGAGAUUUAUAGGAGCAUUAAAUCUAAAUGGACAAGGAGGACAAGGUGGACAGAACUGGAAUCAAGGGCAAGGAGGGCAAGGCGGACAGAACUGGAAUCAAGGGCAAGGAGGACAAGGCGGACAGAACUGGAAUCAGAAAUUAAUUUGGACGCUAGGAGGAGGACUUACAGAUAGAUAUAUUGAUUGGUCAAAUGAAGUCGUCUCUGUCCUUCAAAAUACAACUAUUCGUGAUCAUUGGUUUAAUUACUUACAGCAAAACAAUGCCGGUAAUGUUUGGAUAAACUGGUUCCGAAUGAUCCUAGAUGUAGGAAGUACCUCCAGUUCGUCAGGUAACUGGAUAUGGCACUAUCUAAGCAGUGGAAUGUCUGUACCUCUCGAUGUACUGGCUAAUCUUUGGAUCCAGUUUGUUUUCGAUAGAAAUCUGGGUUACGGUCAAUGGGCUGAUAGUCUUUGGUGGACAUUGAAUGUUAUCCCCGGUGCUAUUUCUGCUGACGAAUACAUGCACCUGUUUAAUGAAAUGACGAUACUGAUGAUGGACGAGAUGAUCCGAAAUGAUUGGAUAACUUUCUUACAUGGCAAUGAUAUAACAGCUUCGUGGAGCUCAACAGCUGGAGCUGGAAUGACUGGUGGAACCACAGCAGAAUCUCUAGACGCCAUCUUGAAUAGCCUCAGUGGUGGAACAGGUUCCGGUUCAUAUGGUACUAGUUCUGGCAGUAGCUCUGGCGGAUCAGACUUUUUCUGGGGUUUAGGAGGAGACUGGGAUAUGGAUGGCGGAUUUUCAAGGAAACGUAGAUCAGCUCACCGACAGAAACGAGCAAUUGUCGAUAAGAUGGCACAUGUAGCCUUAGUCGGCAAUUGUGGAAAUAAUGUUAAACCAUCCAUUUCUGUCACAGCAAAUGAACAAAAUGUUAAAAUGAGUUUGUUGACACAAAACAUACCAGCCGAACUUGAAAUUCCAUUGAUACAAGGAUGGAAUGAAGUGACUAUGGUAUAUGACGGUAAAAAUCUUCAUGGAACUGUUCAGAACUGGCAAGGGAAAAAACAUAAGAAAACUCCGUUAACAGGAAACAUUGUACAGAGGCAAGGACUCACGUUUGGAGCAUGCGAUAAAUAUCCAAGAUUUGCAGGUCAACUCGAUGAUAUUUUGCUUUACAACUGUGUCCCACUAGCAUUAAAGAAAGAAUUACCUUGAACAUUGUUGCUUCAGUUCCCAUCAUGCACUCACGAUAGUUUAUUUAACUUCAUUUUAAAAGAGUCUUCCGGUUUGUCAUCGGUUCAUAAGCGGGUAAAAUGAUAUAAAACGACACUGCAGUAUAUGGAAGGAGAUUCUACUUAGUGUAUACAACAGACUUUGCAAAUCCAUUUAAAGUCACUUGGUUGUUUAUAAUUUUAUACAUAAUAAAUUUGUUUUCAUACUUUUA